GAUUGGUUUGUACGUAAAAAUUCCCCUCCCCUACCGUAUUUAGGCCCAUCAAUCUGUCUACGUUCUGGAGUCUCUCGUGUCAUCGUGCUAAUAUUACAAUCAUCACCCUCACAGUCUGACAUAUAUUUCGUUGAUUCGUUCUUUUUUUUUUUUUACUCUUUCUCUCUCUAAAACUGUGUUGACUUAUUAUCGGUUGAAUCUCAAAGACUAGUCAGAAGUAUUAUUGGUUUAUUGAUUUUUAACUUUUUAACUAAAAUGAAAAUUCUGUUGUUCGCGCUACUUUUUUCUAUCGUGGAGCCACAGAUAUUUAGGACUAUUCGCUUUGUUCCCGUUCCUUACCAAGGACCCCGGAUUUUUAGAGGGUCUUCCCCGGCAUUUAAUAUCGGAAGAUCUAGGUGGUCUUGGAGUCGUUGUUUUCAAUAUCCUUGGAUUCAAGCGUGUCAAAGACUCUUUGGGAGGCCAAGAGCAGAUGAUUGGCUUCCACCGAAUUCCCGUUCGCAAACCCUUCCACCUCAGAACAUUUGGCAACAACAGCAACCCAUAAACAGGCAACCACCAAGGAGAAUCCCACAGCAACAUGUUCCCGGAAAUGUUCCAUUUCAGACUCAGACUGGUUUUGGACAUGUGCCAGAUAUUACACACAUCCAGCCAGUUUGUAAUAUAUCGUGUGCUCGAGGGUUAAGACUUUUAGCGGGAGAAUGCCGUGAUAUAGGAUUGGACUCUUUAUGUACUCCAUCAUGCCCUAAUGGUUAUAUAUGUCAUCACGGACAUUGUGACAUUGCUCCUUGUAAUCCAGCAUGUUCCAACGGAUUGACAUGUCGGGAUGGAAAAUGUAUAGAUAAUCAUCGCUGUGAGCCUGCUUGUUGUCCAGGACAGGUGUGCCAUCGGGGAACAUGUCUGGCAGAGAGUUCUGUUCCUAGUGGUCCAGUAUGCAAUCCACCAUGCCCUCCAGGCUUUGUUUGUCAUGACGGACAUUGUGACAAAGAGUCCUCUUCACACUUACAUGAAGCACAAUGUCGGGAACCAUGUCCCAUUGGAUAUGUGUGCCACAAUGGACACUGCGACAUAGAAACAAGCGGACCAGACACGUGCGCUGUUCCAUGUGUUCCGCCCGAAGUAUGCAACCACGGACAUUGCGAACUUGAUAGCCAUACGCUGACACAUCUCACUAAUCCCAGUCUCGAUCAUACCCAUGACCAUUCACAGCCCGGGGCCGGGGGUGCUCUGAUCCCAGUAACGGGACAAACUGGCCACCAUGAUCAUCACCACGAGGGACCGGGAGGAGGAGACCACGACCACCACCACCAGGUCAGGAAUCAACAAGGGGGAGGCCCAGGGACACAGGUGACCGACUUCUUUGUAGGAGGCGGCAGAAGGACCACCCCAGGUGCGUUCGGAUCCCAGUUUCAGCAGAAUGGCGGAGUAGGAGGAGCGAAUGAUAUUCACGCUAGGAUCGCCAGCGAAUUCAGGCGGUCUAAUAUACCAGACAGCCAGUUAGGUGUCGAUUUGAGCUCAAUCCUCUUCCAGGACCCCGUCACUGGCCAAGGCGUCAACAUUUCUCCUUGAACUUAAAGUAUAUAUUUCAAUAUGUCAAAUAAAUUGAUUAUUCCCCGUUCAGUGCAUUGGAUUUGAUGCAAGAAGAAGAAAAACAACCAAGCCCAAACUGGAUGAAUGAAAUCCACUAGUGCAGACCUGAUAUUGACUGUGCAGUACUUUAAUCAUAUGGAUCUCGGUGCUAUUUAUGAGACUUGUCAUUUGUUUCAAGUGCAUAUAUGCAAACAUAAAAGCAUAAAAUGAGAAUCUUAAACGUUCGAUUGGGUAACAUCUGCAGUGAGAUUUGAAUGAAGAAUUUGUUUGUAAGAUGGAUGAUGUCCAUUAAUCUCCCAGAGGAGUUAUGGGUUUAUGUCAAGUACGUGUAAACUUUGUUUCGUCUCUUGGGAAAUAUAUAUUAUUUAUUCAUUUGUACAUGAGCACUAAUUUUACAUAUACAUCAUUUUAUACAUACCGAAUUUACUUUAUUGUAAUGAUAUAUCGAUUCAACCGUAUUUCAUUUUCAUGAGACAUCAUUCUUUGCAUUUCUGAGAACAACUAUUUAGUAUCUUUUGGGGUUUUUUUAAUUUUUUAAAUAUAGACUGAUGUAAAAUAAAUUCUUUAAAAAAAUUGUUCAUCCAAAAUAAAGAAUGUAACAUUCAAACAUUUUGUGUGAAGAUCAUUAACGCUUGAAGAAAAUUCAACUACCUGAAAGCGUAUUUUGAUGAGAGCAUUGAAAUCGGUACUUGUAUUUAUCAAUUUCAAAAAAAUGUACACGUAGUUACGUUACCUUUGAAAAUCUACAAUAUUUUUGUGUAAUAUACAGAGUUGUUUUUUUUUAUUAUUCUAAUACAUAUCAUUUCUCCCCGUUUAUAUUGUAGACGGAAAGCAUUUUUUUUAUUAUAAUGUUAUAUGACAUUUCAAUGUUUUCUUUAAAAAUGAUACAGUCACUCUUUAAUAUACUUUUUAUCUUAUGAUUCCUACUGUCAUAUCUGUAAGUUUGAUAUUAGGGCGGUAACUAAAUAAAAUAAUGUAAUGCUUAAUUAAGAUUUUUUCUUAUUCUUAAUCCUUAUUCAAGAUAAGCUUAUUUAUAUGAAUAAUUAUUUAUACUUAGUCCAACAUGAUUACAUAAUGUACAUGCAUGUAAAUUGUAUAAUUUACAAAUACGAUAGUAAAUUAAUAAAGUGGUUGCA